AUGAAGGCCACGCACUGCGGCGCGGCGGCAAUGCGGCAUGUCUGCCGCGUGAAAGCGGCCUGGGCCACGUGCUUCCUUCAGCCCAACUCCUGCCGAGCCUCAAGGAAGAACGAGACAACUUUGAGCAUGAAGAAGCAAUUGAUUGUUGCUGACGCCUUGGGCCAGUGCGCGGCAGUGACGGUGCUUGAAAGCACUGAUGAGACCAGCAGUUGGACAAUGCUGGAUGCUUGGUUGUGGAUGCUAAGCAUUGCAGUGCUGUUGAUGACGGUUACCUCAGUCUUGUUGAGCGUGGCAUUGGUGUGCUAUUGCUACAAAAGCUGUGGAUUUGGCCAUGGCAACAAGGAGAUGGAAGAGACACUGGAGAAGAGCAAGGUUCAAUAUCUGCAAUUCCCCUACACGAUUGCGUUUGAUGGAGUCUCGAGACAAACGAAAGAUGAGAGCAGCGUAUUCCAAAUACACCGGCAAACUGGUGGUGCCGCAGUGGUGCAGCAGAAGGAGCCGGAACAAGUCCCUGCGCCACAGACCCCUUUUCAGCAGAACUUGAGUGGUCCUGUGAACGUGCGUGUCCAUUUGAGUUCAAGUUCGGAGCAGCAGUUAUCUCCACCGGUGCAUGCUCCGUCGAUUUCGGAUGUUGAGGAGCUCGAAUAUGGAACCGAAGCUGUGAGGAACUGCGCUUGGGCCUUCGCAUGUGUGGAGCUGCACGAUCCAAACCUGGUGCGCGCCCUGACGCACGCGUGUAGAGGUGGCAAGCUCUGGACUUUCCAGGCCGAUGAGUUCUGCGCCAUCGCCUGGGCUUUCGCCAAAUUCCGGGCAGUGGACCAGGAGGUUCAGCAGGACCUGCUGGUGAUCGCGCGCCAGCGCGUCGAGGAGGUGGACAACGUGAGCUUUGUGAACCUCCUUACGUCCCUCUUGGCCAUGCUGGAUGCCAGCAAGCCAACGAAUGGCGACGCGGGGAUGUCGGAGCUGGACAGGAAGAGCAGCUCCAGGCAGCUCGUGGGGCUGCUCGAAGCCUCCCUUGCAGACCGGGAGGCCCUCUCGCCGCAGCAGCUGGCCACCACGUGCAGGGCACUGGCCCGGAGUGGCUUCUACGAGGAGGCACAGCGGAUUGCCAAAGAUGCGGCGGAGCCCCGCGUUCUCUCUGCGCUGAUCAGCGCGGCGGAGCACGCCGGCGACGCGGGGCGAUGUGCGGAGUUGUGGAAGCGACUGGCCGCGGCGGCGCCUUCUGCGGCACUACGUGGCGCGGCUGCGUUCUGCGCGUCGCGCUGGGCGGUCGACGGGGCGCUCCCAGAUAGCCAGCGCCUGGUUGAGGAGCUCUGCGGCCUCCAGCAGCCAUUUUCCACCCUCGGCGAGCUUCUAGGUGGCACGCCGGCGGCAGCGGCCGGUGCCGCCGCUGCAGUGGGGGAGUUGGGCCUUGGCAGCUCCUGUGGCUCCGCGGAGUUCGCAGAGCUGGGCGGACUCCUGGAGGCAGUCCUGGGCUCCGGGAGCCCGGGGAACCCGGCGAAGACCCUGCGCGCGGCACACGCCUUCGGUGUUCGCUGCAGCGCCCUCGAUGCCUCCCUGGGCCCGAGGGCCGCCAUUCUGGAUGAGUUCACAGCACGCUUGCCGCAGUUGGUGGUGGAGAUAGGUGGCGGCUGCGGGAUUCUAGCUGCCCACCUCGCCGCCAGGGUGCAGGAGUACGGGGGCCGAGUGGUGUCCAUCGAGUCCGACCCCUUCUACUUGGCCGCGGCCCGCUGCAUCGCCCACUUUGCUGGGCUUUCCAGCUCCCUACAGCUCCUGCUGGGUGAGUCGGCAGACUGCUUACCGCAGCUGCUGGAGGCGCGCGGCCCAAGCUCCGUGGAUGUCCUCGUACUCCGCGGCAACCGGGAGGGCCAGUAUCUCUCCGAGCUGCGGCGCGUGGAGGAUCUGGGCCUCUUCACCUCUGGCUGCGUCAUUGCGGACCACAUGCUGCAGUAUGGCUCGCCUCAGUUCCUUGCGGAGAUGUCUCGCUCCCCGAAGUUCAGCCUCGAGCUGGUGGAGGUGGAGGAAGCCGGCCCUGGAGGCAGCGACUGGGUCGCGCUGUGCGCGGUCCGUGCGCGCUUGCAAGAUGAGCCUCCGGCCGAGAGGGAUCUGCCACCCGGGCUUGCGUCCUUGCGUGCUUCCGCCGAGGAGGCCUGGAGGCGGCGUGGUGAUGGCGGAACUGCCACUGGGGCGGGCAAGUUGUCUGGCAAGUUGGCGCCGGAGCGCUUCCGGCAGAAGCUGGCAAACUUCGCCCGACACCUGAACCUCGAGCCCUCGCGACGCUUCCUUGGGGUGACCGUGGCGCCUCUGCCAGAGAGCUCCAAGGAUGCCCCGCGCCGGCCACUCCUUGCGCCUGGGCCCUCGCCAGCUGAGAUCAGCCUCGCGCAGCCCGAGCAGCGCUCGGACGCCAAGGCCUCAGGCCCCGAGCACGACGCGCUAGCGGCCUCCAGGUCGCCGGUGGCACAGCAGUACGUCCGGGCGCUGGACCUGAAGCGGUGGCUCACUUCCGUAGACCCCACGGGGGGCUGCUUGCACUACCUUUCCGCCGCGCAGGAGAGGCAUGAGACGAGCGAGCUGCUGGCAAAGGCCUAUGUGCAGGAGUCAGAGGGUCGUUGCAUGCUGAAGCCUGACUUCUUCAGCGAUCUGGACGUCGCGGAGGAACAUCGGCCUCGCUUCCUCCGCUGGUUCGCCGACAACUGUGGCGCGGAAGGCGUGCUUGAUGCUGGAACGCCCGCCGCGGACGGCGACGUAGCGACUGAGGCUUCGACUCUUCCCUGCGCCCAGGCGGCGUCCCUCGAGGAUGCUGCGAUUGACCUUCGCCAUCUUCCCUUCAGCGACUGGCUGGCGAGCAUGGACCCCCGAAUGGCACUGCAGCAGUAUCUACCGGUGAUACAGGAGAGCUACGACACGGUCUCACAGAUCGCCACCACAUACACCACUGUCGACGCGUCCGAGACACCCACAAAGCGGCUGGACGAGCAGAUGUUCGAAGAUUUCGGCGUGGAGGACCCUGCUCACCGCGCAUUGUUUCGCAGCUGGUUCGUGCGCUUCUGCGGGGUCAGGCCGGCAGGUGUUGUUGAGGAGGAGGACCCAGCGACGCCGCACUUCGGCCCUGAAGGGGAAGAUGGCAAAGAGCCAGGGACAGCCGGCGAACCGCAGGCCGAGCCGGUCGGGCCUCCCCAGUGCGGGGCACCUGCUGCAGCGCCGGACGAGGAGGUUGGUGAGGCCGCAGAUCGCGGCUCGCCACCCUCGAAAGGUCCCAGUGGCAGCUUCUUUGACUUCGAGGAGCUUCCCGAGACCUCUCCCUCCAGCUCUGUCGAGCCUGCCCUCGAGGUGGCCGACGCAACGACACCAGCAGCUCCCGAAGGCGCAGCUGAGGAGGCGCAGCCCCGCGAAUCGAGUGGAAUGUUCGAUUUCGACCAGCUCGAUGUGGCUCAGCAUCUGGUGGACCAGCCAGCAGGCUCCGAACCACUGCGGGAGCCCGCAGCAGCCGAGCUUGUGGCGGACGCUGGUGCAGAGGAGGCCACCCAAAGCACGAUGCCCACGGCGGAGGAGGGCGAGGCACCGGCAGCCGACACGGAGGAGGCUCCCCUUGGCACGGCGCACACGGCGGAGGAGGGCAAGGCGCCGGCAGCCGACACGGAGCAGGAGGGCGAGGCGCCGGCAGCCGACACGGAGGAGGACCAGGAGGAAAGCAAGCCCUCCGGGGGUGGCUUCUUUGACUUCGACGACCUGGAAGAAGCAGGGGGUUGA